AAUGAAUAUUUUUCCAGGACACAAAGUGGAUCAACGAUCGCCUGUUGAGUUAUUUCUAAGCUUUAUUGCGACUAAUCAACAAUUUCUGCAUAAUGACAGUACUUAGCAAGAAUUUUGUUGAUUGCUCCUGUUAUGAAUUGGGUCAUACAUGGACUCCCUCGUGUCGUCAAGCAUUUACUGAUGUGAUGAAAUCAUCCUUUAAGGAAUCGUUUAAAGUUUAUGCAACAUUAUACAUAGUUACGGCCAUAGUUCGGCGAAAGAAAUGGGGGUAUUGGAAAAAGAGAUUAACUCCCGAAAUAUUGCAAUCAACUCUCUUUUUAACUACAAACGCAAUGAUGUUUAUUGCUAGUUUUUGUGUUUGGAGAAAAGUUAUAGGAACCUAUUUUCCAUGGAAUGCAUUUGUAUGCACAGUUCCCGCUAGCCUUAUGGCUUUAAUGGUAGAAAAAUCUUACAGAAAAGAAUUAACUAGUGGUGGCGAUUUCAGAAAAAUUACUGGUCCGUUUGGUUUUUUAACGUCAUCAUUUUGGCCGGCAACAACCGCUUGUUUUAUAGCAAUACUUGUUGAAAGACCGGUUAGAAGAGGACCUUUGGCUGUAUAUCUAUGUAAUUUAGCUUCCGAGACCUUUUUUAGGAUGAUGGCUUCCAGAGGUAUUGUUAAACCAAUAAAACAUGGAGAAGAUGCUAUGCAAGGACCAUUAAAUUUCUUUUUGGGUAAGGGUGAGAGUCCACCCUCACUUGUCGAUCAGUCGUUUACCGAAACUAAAAAACCGGACAAAAAGAAAUUCUUCCUCUUGAAUCUUUUGCUCAAAAAACUAGAACCUUAUUUGAGGAUCAUUAAAAAUACUAGAAAACACCCACUUUGCAAUCACUCGAACGGUUGUGCUUAUCACAUUUUACAAGAGUCGGCCAAGACCUUUUGUGUUGGCUACGUCCUACAGACGGCUAUUAAGGUUAUUGGUAAUAUAAAAAAUUGGCGAAAGGCUCUCUUGCACAAGGAUAGCUUAAAUUUGGCAUUAUUUUUAAGUUUAUUCAGUGUUUCGUCCAGAGGUAUUUUGUGCGGUUUGAGAUGGAUUAGAAAUAAGGAUUCACCUAUUCACGGUCUAUUGGCUGGUGCUGUUGCUGGUCUAUCGAUGAGGUUUUAUCCUAGCGUAGCCAUUGGUCUAUAUAUUGCCAGUCAGUUUGUUGAUAUGUGGAUAAAUGCUAAGGUUGAUGCUGGAGUAUUGCCGAGAAUCCCGGGAGCUUACAUUAUUUUUUAUACUCUUUCUACUGCUUUAAUGUUUCACGCUGCAGUUUUUGAAGCGCACAAUAUUCGCUCAGGAUACUGGAAAUUCUUAUGGAGAUUAACUGGUGGCCAUUUUGAUGAUUUCAAUAGAAUAAUAGUUAGCCAAUGGUGUAAUACAGCUACGAAAAUGUUCCCUAACUUUAAUCCAAAUCUUGAUCCAAAAAUUUCACCACUUGCAAGAGAGAUGGCCAAAAGGAACAUGACUUGGCAAGAUUUAAAAACAGCAUUAUUAAAUGGUAAAACUUUCAAAAUAUAA